UUUCGGGCUGCUCUCCAUCUGCCUCCAGAUCUGCUGUCUGCUUCAAAUGAUGGUGCAAAGGGUAAAGAAGAAGAAGGCUCCAGACAACUAGGACUAAUGGCAUCAGGAUUGAAGAGCCAUAUUCCUGUUGUCUUGAAAGCAUUACAUAUAGCAGUUGAGCUUGUCGCUAUUAGUAAAGAAUUUGUCAUAUUCGCUGUCAUAUAUUUUUUUGAGUUGAGCAAAUGGUAA